AUGUCUGAAACCACAGAAACUAAAACAGCUGUCUACGAUUACGAAGAAGUAGCUAAGCAUAAUACUCAUGAUGAUUUAUGGGUUAUAUUAAAUGGAAAAGUAUACGAUAUCACUCAAUACAUAGACGAACAUCCAGGUGGUGAAGAAGUCAUAUUAGAUUUAGCAGGUCAAGAUUGUACUGAGGCUUUCGAUGAUAUUGGACAUUCUGAUGAAGCUACUGAAAUCUUAAAGAAAUUAUAUCUUGGUGAUGUGAAAGGAGCUGUAGUUAAGGAAGUUAAACAAACUAGUAGAUCUGCUGGUGGUGAUAAACAAGAUGGUACUAUCAACUUCCCAUUAUUGGCUUUGGUUAUUUUAUUACUAGCUGUUGGUUUCUACUACUUCAACCAAUAA